UAAGGAGAAAGCGAAAGAGGGAGUUAAGUUGCUGGCGGGCAUAGUGUCUCAUGUCAUUUAAAAGUUCUUCCUGUUUCUUUUGUUCCCGGAGACGUACAUGCAUUUAUAUAGAUCAUUCUUGGGUUACAUUAUAAAAGACAAGAAGAAGACUGAUGUCCCACAUGUGCAAGGUCCAGAAUCUUAGAAGGAAACAUGAGAAAGACCUUCCAGUCUAUGGUGCUGCUUCUCGCAAUUGUCACAACCGGAGAAACUUAUACGCAGAGGAUAAUUGGAGGCCAGGUUGCAACACCCCACUCCAUUAAGUAUCAAGCAUCCAUCCAGUACAACAAGCACCAUUACUGCGGGGGCACCAUCAUCCAGCCUCAGUGGGUUUUGUCUGCUGCCCACUGCUGGAGGCCGGCUGCUUUCAUCAAAGUGGUUCUGGGCGAGCAUAAUAUUUAUGUCGUGGAGGGAUUUGAACAGGAGUUCAACGUCUCCAAAAUCUUCAUUCAUAAUAACUACAACUACAGAACCUUCAACAACGACAUCAUGCUCAUUAAGCUUAGUCAGCCUGCUAGGAUGAAUGCCAACAUCGGGUUGGCAACCCUACCGGGUGCCAACACUCCUCCACUAUCUAGGGGGGCCACCUGCACAGUGAGCGGCUGGGGAAUGACACGUGUGAAUAGCUACGACCUCUCAGCAGAGCUACAGGCCGUGAACAUAGAAUUCAUCCCUGAUUGCCUGAACUACUACAGCACAAAUGUGACUGAAAACAUGCUCUGUGCCGGCUCACGCUCCGGGGGCAAGGACUCCUGCCAGGGAGAUUCUGGUGGCCCCUUGAUCUGCGGUGGCUUUUUCGAAGGUAUUGUCUCCUGGGGCAUUGGCUGCGGCAAUCCCAAUUUCCCAGGCGUCUACACUAAAGUAAGGAAUUAUGUCCGCUUGAUCAGCUCAAUCAUCAGCAGUGAACCAUCCAAUUGAAACAAUACAGACUGGAGGUACAGUAAUGUAGUGGUUCUGAAACAAUGGUACCAGUGAUGUUUAACUAGCUCCCUCUAGUGUUAUGCGGAGGUACCUCCCUUUAUGACGUCGGUGUUAAUGUGAUACUGUACACGAAGAGGUUUGCUGACGUGGCACGUGGUGUGGAACAUGUGCGAAGCACAGCUGUAACGUAUUUGACACUGAACUCUUGCUUCUUGCCCGACCUCUGUAACUUCCAAAAGAUUACGCUCAUAAUCUCUCAGAUGCAAAGAAUAAUUAAGGGAACCACAUAAUUUUGUUCAUAUCAGCACAAAUAACAUAUGAUUUACAGAUUGAAUCUGCCUAUUUUAGGAAGUGUAUUUUAAUAAAUGGUUUAACGUUUUUUAGUCAGGGAAUGGGUGUAAAUUACGGGGUGGAUGCUGAGGUUCGAGUGGAGACCUCAACCACCCCUCCGCCACCGGCCACUCCCAAUGUCAAACGAAAGUUACGCUCUUGAGUCCUACUAUUGAAACACCAGUGCUGUGCAUGUUGAAAUGAGUGUGAGCUAUUUCAAUGCUAUGAACGAAAAAAUGGUAUUAAGCAGCUGGACAUUCAACUGCAGCAAGCAUGUCAUUGUACCACAUUAAAUACGUGUGACGUGGAAGCUAUAUUUACUGUGCUAUUAAUAUACAUUGUAAUAUACAAUCUGUAUUCUCCAACUGCUUACCGCAAUAAUAGAAUGUAGAAAUAGUUCGUUCAAAACAUUUAUUAAAUCAAUUUAGAAGUUUGUUUUAAUAAAAAUAAAUAAAUACAUAAAUAAA